AUGGAGCGUGCAGGACGAUGGCCUGGGAAAGCGAUCGCGGCCCUCAUUAAGCUCGAGACCUGCGAUGUCAAGGACAAGGUCGCCCUCAUUGUCUACGGCGAUCCAAGCGAGUAUCCUGCUGCCUUCAACGAGAAUCUGGCCUCUGCCCUUGCCAACUGCUCCUUCAUCGUCGCCACCGUCUUAUUUUCCUCAUCGUGGAACCUAGGGCCUGCUUCUCAGCCCAUUCUCAUCCACCACGCAGCGGACACGGGUCCGGCGCCAUCCGAAACACCCGGCAUUAAAGUCCACACUUAUGCCCGUGCUCGGUCACCAAACUUCGUCGUGCCCGGUGCCGAGGGAUUUUCCUACACAGCAGCUUCCGUCUCACACAGCCGGAGCCUCAAGUUCGUCAAGGACCACGUAGGCGGGCCGUUCUUUGAUCUUGAGAAGAUUUGGGAUGAGCACACCUAUUUCGAGUUCGCCGACAGAUCGGUUGAGCAGACCAUGGGAACCAUGGUUUUAGAACCUUAUGUGAACCACAUACCCACGAUGACUGGCGGUAUUGGGCGAGCCAGACUGACCAACUUCUACCGCCACCACUUCAUCUUCAACAAUCCCGAAGACACAGAACUCGAACUCGUUAGCCGCACCAUCGGGGUCGACCGCAUCGUUGAUGAAUUCGUUUUUGUGCUGACCCACAACAAAGUAGUGGACUGGCUCAUACCCGGUAUCCCGCCGACCGGCGUGACCCUUCGCAUCCCCUUCGUCGCCGUCGUCAAUGUCCGCGGCGACAGGCUCUAUCACGAGCACAUCACCUGGGACCAGGGAACCGUGCUAAAGCAGCUAGGCCUGCUCCCCGACUACCUCCCGUUUCCCUACCCUGUGGAUGGACUCGAAGGCAAGAACCUAGAGGUUAGAGUCCCUGUUGCCGGGGUCGAAACGGCCACCAAGCUCCAAGACCAGCGAGCGGUGGAGAGUAACUUGAUGGUGCUCCCCACUGAGGCUACCAUCAGGGAAGUCAGGGUACAAGAGUCCUCCUCACAAUAA